AUGGCGAUUGAGGAAAAUACAUCGGAUUCCACUAAUCCGCUACUUGAUUUAACUAAUCAACUUUACAUGCAUCCAUCUGAAAAUCCAGGUUCCAUGCUUGUACCAGUAGCUUUUGAUGGACCGGGGUACAGGUCAUGGAGGCGAGGAUGUGAUAAUGUAGCGACUUCAUGGAUUUGGAAUUCUCUAUCAAAGGACUUAGCAGACAACCUGCAGUAUGUAAAUGAUGCCAAAGAGCUUUGGCAAGAUCUGGAGGACAGAUAUGAUCAAACCAAUGGGGCAAAACUAUAUCAGUUGCAGAAAGAAAUCAAUAAUUUGAGUCAAGGAACACUCGACAUUACUGGAUACUAUACUAAGAUGAAGAAGUUGUGGGAAAAGGGAAGCAUUUUGAUGAUGAACACCUUACCUUCCUUAGCACAAGCAUUUGUGAUUCUCAUCCAAGAGGAGAAACAAAGGGAGAUGAAGCCAAAUAAUCAAUUGAUGAUUGACUCCAGUGCUUUGAGUGUGAACAGGGCAGCAAACAACAACUUCAGAACCAGUUAUGGUCAACAAGGAAAUAAAUCUGGAGGGAGUUCCUACACAAACUACAACCAGUCAAGUGGGACUUGGGGCAAUAGCUUCAGGGGACAUUACCCUACAAAUAGAUCACGACCAGUCUGUAAUUAUUGCAAGAAGCCAGGACACACUAAGGAUAGGUGCUAUAAUAGCUCCAUGGUUAUCCACAAGACUCCAAGUUCAAUAAGGGAAAAUGAGUAG